AAACAAACAACCAAAACAAAAGGAAAUUCUUUUUUUUCCUCUUCUUUUGUUAUAAGAUUCCACAACAAAUUAGGAAGUAUGGAGGAGUUAUUUCAAAAUGGAUCGUCUUAUGCUCCGUUUUUGUCGCUGACAUCGCAUCAAAAUCUUAAAUCGGAGUUCCAUCAAGGAGAAGAAGAAGAGGCCUCCAAGGUUAUUAGAUCAGAAGGCUCUUCAAGAAGCGUGGCGGUGAAAAAGAAGGGGAAGAAACAAAGGUUUGCGUUUCAGACAAGGAGUCAAGUUGAUAUUCUUGAUGAUGGUUAUCGAUGGAGAAAGUAUGGCCAAAAAGCUGUCAAGAACAACACGUUCCCUAGGAGCUACUAUAGGUGCACAUAUGGAGGAUGUAAUGUAAAGAAGCAAGUGCAAAGAUUAACGUCGGACCAAGAAGUCGUAGUCACAACCUACGAAGGUGUACACUCACAUCCCAUCGAAAAGUCUACAGAAAAUUUCGAACAUAUCCUCACACAAAUGCAAAUCUACUCUUCUUUUUAAUUUAAUCUCUCAAUCUUUUAUACCUUUUGUAGCGUAUAAUUCUGAGAGCUCGUGUUGUAAAUUAUACUUGUAUAAAAAGUAUAAUAUUACAUUUUCAUGCAUGUUGAAAGAAAAAAUAAUAUUCAUCUGAAAUUUA